CAAGAUGUGAUUCAUAGAUGCUCAGGGGGGGGGGCGAUAAUAGACAAAUGUAAAGGGGGGGUGCUUACUUGAAGUAAAGUCGACUGGAUUUUAAAAAAAGGAUGCGGAUGUAGGAGGCUUAAAUACUUUUCGCGGCAGGCGCUAGCGAUACGCUAGCCAUAAGCGAGAUCUGGAUCAGGUAACCACGGCUAGGUUGGGGAAGCGACCGACUUAGGGCUGAUAUGUCAUGUGAACGAAAUUUUAGACUGAAAUAAACAAGGCUAACAUAGCAAACAGAGCAAACAAGCCGCCAAAAAGUCCAGUAUUUGACCCCAACCCAGGUUCAUUUUUGUUUCGACGACGAGAUAGAUAUUAUACCACCCGCGUUCUUGGCCGAAGCAGGUGUAUGUAAAUAAUAUCAAAAUGGCUUGGGAAGACCUGGGAAUUGUUGCACGGGGACUUCUCACCUUGUGGCAUCGAUACCGAGCCCCCAUCUUUCUACUCGCAGCUGUGAUCUUUACUGUCGUGUGGCUAGCUCCGAGAAAUUCUCAACCCAAUACUCCAGAACCUGAUUCACUUCCUGCCUCUCAAAAUAAGAAUCAGAAUCAAAACGCAAAAUCAGAGCUGGAGUCAUUCUCCAGCAAUGACCAAGCGGCAGCCGAUUUACCCAAGCGCCAUCGUUCAAGGUCCUCCUCCGUUGAUAACAGACCUAAACAAGUUACGCAACCUGCUAAUGGGCCUAAGAGGGUACGCGGCAUCAAACCGGAGAAGAAUGGCGCCAAACACCAGAUCGGCGGCGGAGGAUUACCCCGGGGCAUUGUCAUCCAACCUCUUGUAUUUUACGCCUCCUUGACCGGUGCUACUGAAACAUAUGCCAAAUCAUUCUGUGAUAGACUACAAAAAGCAUCUCACCCAUUACUAGAGAAUAAUGGUAAAACAAACAUCCUACCUCCAGAGUUACAUGAUCUAUCUUAUAUCGAGCUUGACGACUAUUUCAUCACCGCGCCGAAACCGCCCGAGUCAGCUCCGAAUACCAGGUUCCUUUACUGCAUUUUGAUCCCGACAUACAAUAUCGAUACGAUGAUUAAUACCUUUUUGGGUCAUUUAGAUGAUACGCACAAUGAUUUCCGCAUCGAUACGUCUGCCCUGUCUGGGUUGGUCGGGUAUUCCGUUUUCGGCUUUGGCGAUCGGGAGGGCUGGCCGACGGAGGAGGAAGGGUUCUGUUCACAGGCGAAAGCAGUAGAUCGAUGGAUGGCCAAGUUGACUGGGAAAAAGAGAACAUAUCCAUUAGGAAUGGUGGAUGUGAAAGGAGACAAUAUCCAAAAAGUCCUGAAUGAAUGGUGUGAUGGAUUGACCGAUGUUAUGUUCGACGUAAUGACGUCCGGAGGACUGGGCGAGGGUGUUCGUGGAAGCGGUGAUCCCGUGGAAAGUGACGAGGAAGAUAUAGAUGACGACGGCGAAGACAUCAACGAGAAUGGUGUGAACCGUCGGAAUAAGGGCAAGAAUGAACAGAUUAUGGACCUUGAAGACAUUAACUUCGGCGGUUCCAACAGCAGGAACGCAUUUGCUAAUGCUCAACCAUUGCCUGUCGAUUUCACAACACAGUCCCGCGCUCAAGCUUCCAAACCUGCCUCUCAGCUAGAAAUGGUGCCUACCUCAUCACCUACCUACGCCGCUCUGACCAAGCAAGGAUACACAAUAGUUGGAUCGCAUUCGGGUGUGAAAAUAUGCCGGUGGACCAAGUCCGCCUUGCGAGGUCGUGGCUCCUGCUAUAAGAAUUCUUUUUACGGAAUUAAAUCCCAUCUUUGUAUGGAAACAACCCCAUCGCUCUCUUGCAGCAACAAAUGUGUAUUCUGUUGGCGCCACGGAACAAACCCCGUUGGAACUACCUGGCGCUGGAAAGUGGAUCCUCCUGAUCUCAUUUUUGAUGGAGUUAAGGCUGAACACUAUAAGAAAAUUAAAAUGCUUCGUGGUGUGCCUGGUGUUCGGGCUGAACGCUUUGCUGAAGCCAUGAGUAUUCGACAUUGUGCGUUGAGCUUGGUCGGGGAACCGAUAUUUUAUCCCCACAUCAACAAGUUCCUGUCUCUCCUUCACAAUGACCGUAUUUCUAGCUUCCUGGUCUGCAAUGCACAGCAUCCGGAUGAACUUGCGGCGCUUCAUCGCGUUACGCAACUGUAUGUCUCCAUUGACGCGAGCAACCGCGAUAGCCUACGGAAAAUUGACCGCCCCCUUCAUCGUGACUUCUGGGAACGAUUCCAACGCUGCCUUGACAUAUUACGAGAAAAGAGAUACCUCCAGCGGACUGUCUACAGGCUUACACUUGUCAAGGGCUUCAAUGUGGAUGAGGAAGCUGCUGGUUAUGCUGAUCUUGUGGAAAAAGGUCUUCCCUGCUUUGUGGAGGUGAAGGGAGUAACCUUUUGCGGCACAAGCACUAGUGCUAGUGCUGGGCUAACCAUGCAAAACGUUCCGUUCUACGAGGAAGUUGUAACUUUUGUCGUUGCAUUAAACGCUGAGCUAACCCGGCGCGGCCUCGGGUACGGCAUUGCAGCCGAGCAUAAGCACAGCUGCUGUGCACUGCUUGCGUCCAACAGAUUCUACGUCAACGACAGGUGGCAUACGAGAAUUGACUACGACAAGUUCUUCACUCUCCUGGAAAAGGAAAAGAACGAGGGCAUACCAUUCCGGCCUGAAGACUAUAUGAGGGAAACUGAAGAAUGGGCGUUGUGGGGAAAUGGAGGGUUUGAUCCGAAGGAUACACGUGUGCACACUCGGGGAAGAAAUAAAGCAAAGCUAAAUGCAGCUCUGAAGGAAGCCCAGGACGCUAGCGUUUCUGCUAAGGGCUGAGGCGUAAACUGUGGCUCAAACUUUCUUUUGUCCGUACAUUAGUUCCAGUGGCUUGCGACAUAGCGAUUUGAGAAGCAAUUCCAUUCUGUGUUUCAGGCCACGGACAAUUGUCGUCACCUCUAACUUUUCGCUGCAGAAGUAAGGCUCUGAUCUGCCGCUUCGCUGCUAGUGUUCCAGUAUCGGCUGUCCAUUUACUGCGCCCGUAGCGACUGUUCUGUGCCCAGGGGUGAGGGCAUCCCGUCCUGCCACAGUGGACUCAAGCUGCAGGACCAUCAUAACAGCCAUCACUGCCCAUACCCUCGAUAAAGAUAUUCUCCGGAAACAGGAAGGGGACCUCGAUAGCUCGUAUGGCUAGAAGCUUGUACGGCUACUUGGAUGCGUUUAAGAGUCCGGAGAAAACCUUGAUCUCCCUUUGUUUGGAACCUACAAGUAAGGUGGCAGGGAGAAAUUGAAAUGAUCGCUGUUAAAUCGGCCCUAGUGGCACAACCAGUACAAUCUCUGUCGAUCAAAAUUGUUUUCCCCUGGCGUAGAAUAAUUAAUAGGUUUCUUGUUAACUAUGUUGAAUCAUUACUUUACCUACCAUUGACAGAGUGGUAUUCAGCCGAAAAGGAAGGUUAUUUACGCCAUCGCAAAGUUGACACCCCAGAAAAUUUUUUAGCUACAUGCUUCGAGGUAUAUUUCUGAACACUUGGCAGCAAGCUUGUGUAUUAAGGCACGUUUGCAGGGGUAAUGCUUUCUAUAAUAUUUAUGAAGAAUAUGUA